AUGCCUACGAAAAUUAAAGAGAAAGAGCCGGACAAGGACUUAGUGGCUCCGCGAACGAAAGAAAAACAUCGACACCACAAAUCCUCCCGUUCCACCCACAAGCCCAAGAAGGCUUCAACGCCUACAAACCAAAGCGCUGAGCGCAUUUCGCCUACCACAAAGCGGAGGGCGUCAAUACCAGAAUCAAAAUCCGAUCGUGUCACUCCUUCUGACUCACCCUUAGGAAGCAAGUCUAGCUUGCCAUACCCUUCUUUCUCUAAAGAACAUAGCAAAGAGGCGGUUGGCAGUCGAGACAAUGUGAGGCUAGACUAUUACACACCAGACCCUACAGAUCUAGAGCAAGGAAACAAACAGAAUGUUGUGGUGGAGCGGCGAAAGAGCGCAAAUGUUGCCCCACCAAGUCCUCCCGAGACGACAGUGGAGGAGAUGGCGAAGAUGGACAAGCAAAGAGUGGAGUCACCGAAAUUCGAGCGAAAAUAUGAUCUACAAAAGAGAGCAGAGGAGUUUAAAAAGCGUCUGAUUAAGAGCAAUAGCACGAGUGAAGUAAGAGGUCGCAAGUCAGAUUUGGCAAGGUCAAGACCCAGUCAGCGCGAAGGAACCAAAGAAGAUGGCAGAUCAGGGCCACCCUCAGCCAAAAGCUCAAAGCCUGGCACGCCAUCAAAGCAAGCAACAAAGGUUGACAUCAGUGAGGAGCUACAAGUACGCAAUAGCCCUCGAAUGGCGUCUUCGUCGGUCCACUCAACGACCUCAAAAAGCGAAAGUCUCACAGAGUCGACAGACUCUGAUGCCACUUCUAUCGCCCCAACCCAGUUCGCUAUGCAGAUACCAUCAACUCCUCAAGAUGACCGCAACUCGUCUUCAGCGCUCGAUGUUGAAAACGAGCCGAAAACGCCCACAGUCUCAGAGCCCCACUAUCCUCUCAGUCGCCAAGUGACACCUGCUUUCUCGAUAAACGGCAGAUUCGAAGGCAUUGAAGAGUCGCCCAUGCCACCACCACCUCCCCCGCCUCCAGACGUGUCUGCGCCAAGGGUCGAUUACCUUCUCAAAAACGGUGGCCUUCCACAAGAGGCUCCAAGACGAUUGUCAGUUGUUGGCCGGCCUGCACAAUUAUCCGAAGCACCAGGUGGGUCAGCAAAUUACUUUCAACCAUUCAAUUACGUGCUCGAGGACUACAUGAAAGUCAUCUCGAAAAAUGGAUCUAUCGCCGUUGCGACUGGAUACAGAUCGAUUGCUCGGCGCCUGCUUGACCGGCUAGAGGCGGUCUUCGCAAGAGAUAUAUCCUCAGAAGUCUGCCAUUGUAGGCUCUGCCAGUCAUCGCCAGACUACAGUGAUGAUUCGGAUGAUGCGCGAGGUGUCAGCUGGGGAGAAAUUUUGGAAUACGUUUCCGGUCGGCAAAUUCUCCCGCAGUGGCCUCCUUUCUGCUUUGACAAUGUUGGUCUUGGUAUCGCAGGGACCGAGCAAGCGACGCCAAUGCAAAAGCUGGAUAUCGACGUCCCCGAGGAAUUCAGAGCACACUACAUUCGGCAGUCGAAGAAGACGAAACAGACCGUCGACAAAUGGCUUGAAAGCCAGCCUGCAGAUCCUAUCAAUGCGCCGACUGAUGUUGACGACGAGACUCUGACGUUUGCCAUGUUAACCCGCCUCGAUCCCGAUCAACGACCUACGUUCAAAUCGCUUCUCGGUGUCCCUCCUAGCCGCCCGGUCUCUGCUGCCGAAUCUAUCGUUACAUCUACUGUGACUCCAAGCGCCAAUUCCCCUAUUCUGUCUACAACGGGUCUUGCAAUCCAACGUCUCUACCGCCUGCCCACAUGUCCACGAGAUCCUGAAUCAGCUCUCUUCCUUUUGAACAACCCUCACCUUCAUAAUGUACUAGCCACUCUUGCAGCCGUCAGCGACCAAGAGUGGGAAAUCCUAAUCUCAGGUCGCUUCGACGGCUUUCUGCGCAGCGGAGCAGAAGAUAUUCCAAAUGCCACACCUAACACCAAUCAUUCUAAUUCCUCACCCUCGCGUGGUCCCACGCCCGGAAUGCGCGUGCCAUCUACUACACCCUCCCGAGCCGCUUCGAUCUCUCACCAACUUUUCUCCGCAUCACCAGCCUCUCACGGCGCCCCCGUCGCACUUGACGAAGAGACCGAAAUUGCCAUCCUCGCGGAAGUCGAGCGUGAAAUCUACCUAGGAAUGGAGUCCCUCGAGGACGCCUUCGAAGCUCUACACCAAAAAGCCGAAAUCGUUCACAGCACGUUAGAUGCGCGGAUGGGAACGCCUGCAAGUGCGUGGGGCGAUGGUGGCUGGGAUGGGGAAAGCACUGAUGGAGAAAACUGGGAUGUUGAGAGCGAGCUUGCGCCUGAUGAUUCGGCAAGUAACGUUUCAAGAAGCAGGGUCAGAAGACCGAAGAGGAGAACUGAGCGGAGGACGCCGGCGCCUGUUGAGGAGGAGGAUGAGGAGGUAGACGAGAGGGAAAAGGAAAAGGAAAAGGAGAAGGAGAAGCCGGGGGAAGCUGGUUGGCCAGUCGGCUAG